UCAAUUCCUUUUAAUCCCCUGUUUCCUUCCAUUGUUUCCUCCUGGCAAUUAAGCAGACAGCCUUUUGCAGCAGGCCAAGUCUGCACCAUUGUACCAGCAUGGUUGGGAGAACGGAUAUAACACUCUCAUGUCAUCAUUCCCCCAACAUUUCAACAGGGGAGGGGCCAGCUUCCUGUCUUGUAUAAAACCAUAUCAUGUACUGUUUUCUUCCCAGAGUUCUCUGAAGGUAGGACCAUGACUGUUGUGCACUGAAGACGUGGAACUUCAGCUGGAACACAUACGUGCUGGAGUUAAUCUUUGCUCACUAGGACUGCAGAGAUGGGAAGGCACAGCUUGGAUGGGCUAUCAUGGGCUGUACUGUUUCACCUAACAGCCUGGGUGUUGGUUCUGUGGGUCUCUGGGGCCGAUGGGAAAGCUCUGAGUGGGCGAUGUAGCCUGUUCGGUCAGCACCACAUUCACACCUUCGAUGGGGUCCUGUACGACUUUCCUGGAGACUGCAGCUACAUGCUGGCCGGAGACUGUCACCGCCGAUCCUUCUCAUUGCUGGGUGACUUCCGACACGGGAAACGGAGGGGUGUGACGGUGUACCUGGGGGAGUUCUUUGAGCUUCGCCUGUCUGUGGACGGCAGCCUCAUGCAGGGAGAGAACAGGUUGUCCCUGCCCUACGCCUCCAGCACCAUAUUUGCUGGGACAGAGCUGGGCUACUAUAAGCUGUGGAGUGAGGAGUUUGGCUUUGAGGUGAAAAUCGACAGCAGCGGCAACAUCAACCUGUUGCUGUCCAAGCACCAUGCUAACCGGACGUGCGGGCUGUGCGCCAACUUCAACGGCCUGGCGGAGGACGACUACACCGCGCAGGAAGGGUUUCUGACCGAGAGCAGCUAUGACUUUGCCAACUCGUGGGCCCUGCGUGAACCAGGCAAGCCCUGCAAACGUGUGUCUCCCCCCAGCAAGACCUGCAAUGCAUCCAGAUCAACUGCAGCCGACCUCAUAUCUCAGUGUGACGCUCUGCGGAACUCACCCUCCUUCCUGCGCUGUGCCCACGUGGUGGACCCCGAGGCCUUCGCCCUGCUCUGUGAGGAAGAUGCCUGCCACUGCGGGGAGGACCAGGCCUGCCGAUGCCAGGCCUUCCUGGAGUAUGCCCGCUCCUGUGCCGCGCACGGGCUGCCCCUUCACGGCUGGCAGACCCACAGCCAGUGCUCUCCCAGCUGUCCAGCAGGAAUGCAGUACAGCGAGUGCACCAGCCCCUGCUCCACCACCUGUCAGAGCCUGAACAUCCAUGAGGUGUGCAGGGAGGAGUGUUCAGAUGGCUGCACCUGCCCAGCGGGGAAGAUUCUGGAAGGGGUCCGUUGUGUGGAUGUCUCGCAGUGCUCCUGCAUGCACACGGGUCGACGCUAUCCUCCUGGGUCCAGCAUCCCGCAGGACUGCAACACCUGUGUGUGUCGACAUGGCUCGUGGGAGUGCACCAAUGAGGGCUGUCCAGGGGAGUGCUUUGUCACGGGGCAAUCCCACUUCAAGACUUUCGACAACAAGUUUUUCACCUUCAGUGGAAUCUGCCAGUAUCUGUUUGCUAAGGACUGCCAAGACAACCUGUUUGCUGCUGCCAUUGAAACAGUACAGUGUGCCGAUGACCAGGAUGCGGUCUGCACUCGUUCAGCCACCCUGCGCUUCCACCAGUUGGCCAAUGUCACCGUCAAGCUCAAACAUGGAGGCGUGGUUGCAGUGGACGGCAUGGACAUCCAGACCCCUCUGUCCCACGGGCCACUUCGUAUAAAGAGAACAGUCUUGUCGUCGUUGCGGGUGUCAUACGGCGAUGACUUCCAGCUGGACUGGGACGGGCGGGGAAAGCUCCUGCUCAAGCUGGGGCCGGCAUUCGCAGGUAAGACAUGCGGUCUCUGCGGAAACUACAACGGGAACCAGGGCGACGACUUCUUGACGGACGCAGGGCUUGUGGAGACGCGGGUGGAGGGGUUCGGCAACUCGUGGAAAAUGAAUGGAGAUUGCAACAAUGUGGUGAAGCAAGACACGGACCCUUGCAUCCUCAACCCCAAGAGAGUUCGCUUUGCGGAGGAGUCUUGCUCGGUGGUGUUCUCCGUGCAGUUCGAGCCGUGUCACAACGAGGUGAACCCCGCCCCCUUCCUGAAGAACUGCCGCUACGACGUCUGCGCCUGCGCAGACGGGCAGGAGUGCCUGUGCUCCGCCGUGGCCAGCUACGCAGCCGCCUGCGCCAGCAAGGGAGUGCUGGUCAACUGGAGAAGCCCCAAAUUCUGUGAGCUGAGCUGCCCAGAUGACCAGGCGUAUGAGCAGUGUGGAAGCCCCUGUAACCAGAGCUGCCGCUCGCUCUCCUUCCCCGAGACCAACUGCAGAGACCUCUGCCUGGAGGGCUGCUACUGCCCCCGGGGGCUCUUCCUUUCUGAGGAGUCGAAGGAGUGCGUGCCGCGCGCCGAGUGUCCCUGCUACUACGACGGGGAGGUCUACCAUCCCAACGACGUCUUCUCCGACUACCACAGCAUAUGCUACUGCGAGAACGGCGCCAUGCGCUGCAGCUCCAACGAGAUGCCGGCGGCCAUGUUGUCUGACCUCUUCGCGGAAGACCUGCCUGCUUCGCGGGGCCGCCGCUCUGUCUCAUGCACGCCCCCCAUGCAGAACCUGGUGUGCGCCAGUCCCAGGGACGUGGGUAUCGAGUGCACCAAGACCUGCCAGAACUACGACCUGGAGUGUGUGAGCCAGGGCUGCAUCUCCGGCUGCACCUGCCCCGCUGGGAUGGUUCGUCACAGGAGAGAUUGCAUUACCCCUGACCAGUGUCCCUGUUAUCAUAAUAAUAAGGCAUAUGCUCCAGGGCAGACCAUCACCAUGGACUGCAACACAUGCGUGUGUCGAAACCGCAAGUGGGAGUGCAGCCGAAACGUGUGUGACGGGUCCUGCAAAACGGUCGGGGAUGCGCACUACAUCACCUUCGAUGGCUUCCAAUACUCCUUCCCUGGCCUCUGUCAGUAUGUUCUGGUGCAGGAUCAUUGCAAUGGAGAUAAAGGGACGUUCCGGGUGCUGGUGGAGAACACUGCAUGUGGGUUGGUGGGUCACAGGUGUGCUAAGAGUGUGACUGUGCUCUACCAUGGAGGACUCAUUGUGAUGGAACAGGGAGAGGUGAAGAUGAAAAGGCCUGUGCUGAAGGAGACAGAGGUAGAGAUUGUGCGCUCGGGCCUCUACUACAUACUGCUGCUGGGCAAGGACAUUGUCAUCACCUGGGACAAGGGGACACGGCUUGUUGUGCAGAUCAAGGGCCACUACAGGGAGAAGGUCUGUGGUCUGUGUGGGAACUUUGAUGGAAUUCAGAACAAUGACCUACUGAGCAGCAACAACCAGUUGGAGGUGGGCGCUGCAGACUUUGGGAACUCCUGGAAGGUGAACCCCAGCUGCGCAGAUGCAGUUCAGGUGCCUUCCCAGUGCAGCGACAAUACCUUGAAGCUGGUGACGGUGGAGCAGUCCUGUCGAGUGCUCACUAGCGCCAUCUUCAGGGAGUGCAACAGCGUGGUGAACCCAGAGCCCUACUGGGAGAUCUGUAUCUAUGACACCUGCUCCUGCCCAUCUGUGGGAGACUGUGUCUGCUUCUGCGAUGCCAUCGCUGCCUAUGCCCAUGAAUGUGCCCAGAGAGGGAUAGUGGUGCACUGGAGAUCCAACGACCUGUGCCCGCUGAGCUGCCAGGAUCUGAAUAAGGCCGAGCCAGAGUUUGAGUGCGAGUGGCGGUACAACGCCUGUGCCAGCGCCUGCCCAAUCACCUGCCAGCACCCAGUGCCCCUGCAGUGCUCACAGGAGUGUGUGGAGGGAUGCCACGCCUACUGCCCCGCAGGGAAAGUUCUGGAUGAAGUGGCCAUGCAGUGUGUAAACCCAGAACAGUGUCAGGUCUGUGAGCAUGAGGGCCAGCGCAUUUCUCACGGCAAGAAAAUCAUCCUCAACCACCAAGACCCAGAGCUCUGCCAGAUCUGUCACUGCGACGACAACAAACUGACUUGCGAGAGGUGUCCCAUAGAAGUCAGCACCACCCUGGCCCCCACCACUUACUUCACCACCCCCACCCCGAUGCCCUUCUCCACUCCGGUGCCGGCAGACACCUGCGACCGCGCCAUGGACCUGGCCUUCCUGGUGGACGGUUCCUCUGCGCUCAGCGAGGAAGAGUUUGAGCAGGUGAAGCUGUUCAUCCUGGGCGUGGUGCAGCGUUUCCGCAUGGGCUCGGCCCACACGAGGGCCACCAUGCUCCUCUUCCACUCGGGGGUGAAGAGCUACGAGAUGCAGGUGCAGAAGUGGAUCUUCAGGCGGAUGGUGCGGGAGAUGAAGUACAGCGGCGGGGACUUGGCUUUCAUGGACGAGGCCAUCAAGUACCUGUCCGUCUUCAUCUACGACAAGGACAAGAGGGAGCACGCGGGCCGGGUGGCCAUCAUCCUCACCGCCAGCCCCAACCCGAGGCCCAUGAAGAUGACCCAGCGCCUGCUCAAGAAGAAGGACAUCACCACCAUCAGCAUUGCCCUGGGGCCCGAAGCCAGCGUAGCCCAGAUCAACGACAUCACCAAGGCCAACCCCAGCAGCCGGGCGUACAUCCUCAGCAGCGUUGAGGAGCUAGACGUCCGAGCGGUGGAGGUCAUCGACUACCUGUGCACCCUGGGCCUGGAGCCCGAGGUACCCAAGCCUAAACCCAUUCCCACCAAACAAGCCCCCAUUCCCACCACACCCGGGCCGAGCAUACACGUCACCCCCACGCAGCAGAUCCUGAGACCGCCCGUCCCCACCACCGCCGGCCUCCUGUCUACCACCCCAUCCUCCCCGUGGGCCAUCAAAGAGGUCACCUUUGUCGUCGAGGGCUCAGACAAGGUUGGGGAGGUGGACUUCAACAAGACCAGGAAGUUCCUGGAGGAGGCAGUGUCGGAACUGGCACUGAGCGAGGAACAUAUCCGCAUCACCAUCAUCCAGUACUCCUACACCAUCACAGUGGAGUUCACCCAGAAGGAGGCCCAGAGCCGGAGUGUUCUGCUGGAGAGGAUCCGUCAAAUCCGCUGGCGGGGUGGCCAAGCCACCAACACGGGCCAGGCCGUGCGCACUGUGUCACAGACCCGUUCCACCAACGUCCAGAACUCCCAGGAGCAGAAACCCCAGCUGGUGUUCAUGGUGACCAGCAACCCACCCACGGACACAGUCCAGAGGCCAUCUGAGUCCACCAACACCAUCAUCUACCCCAUUGGAGUGGGGCAAAAAAUCAAGGAAGUGGACCUCGAGUCCCUCACCUUCCCGAAGAAGCCCAUCAUGGUGGACAGCUAUGAUAACCUGCGCUCUGUAGUUAAACGGGUGGUUAACAUCACCAGAUUCACCACUUCCAACAUCAGACCCCUUAGCCCGACCCUUCCUCCCUUGCAACCCACUCUGGCCCCCAUGACCACACUGCCCCCUUCAGUCCCCUGUCAGAAGCCUAUGGAUGUUAUUUUCCUGCUGAAGGAGAGCUCUGGUGAAGGACCGAGCCAGUUUGAAGACAUGAAGGCCUUUGUCAAAGCAUUCAUCAACAGCGCUGACAUUGGUUCAAAAGGAAUUCAGGUGUCGGUAAUUCAGUACGGAGAGAGGAACACAGUAGAUGUUUCCUGGAGGGAAGAACAGAGUAAAGAGAACCUGCUCAGCCUUGUGGACUCCAUUAAAAAAAGGGGAACAACAGCUUCCACGCUGGGUUCCGCACUGCGGUUUGCUGUGCAGACUACCAUCUCCUCAGUCAGUGGCGGGCGUCUAGGCGUGGCUAAGAUCAUCGUGAUGCUGGUGACAGACAGAUCCACAGACUCGGUGGUGGAGGCAGUCAAUGAAGCCUCGACUGCUGGUGUGUCAGUCUUCCCCAUUGGCAUCGGCUCCCAUUAUGAUGUCACUGAGCUGAACGCACUGGCUGGACGUGGUAUGCAGAGCAACGUCAUUCACAUGAACAUCAUAGAGGACCUGCUGGCCAUGGUGACUCUGGGACACGCCUUCACUGACAAACUCUGCAGGGCCGGUCUACCCGGAGUGUGUGUGGACGACGAUGGCAAUCAGAGGAAGCCUGGGGAGACCUGGGUCCUGUCGGACCAGUGCCACAGCCUGCUGUGCCACCCCAACGGGGCAGUGACCCUCCAGAGCCACCGGGUCAACUGCGAGCACAUGGAACGCCCCGCCUGCAAGAACAACCUGCGCAGCGUCAAGGUGCCCGAGCCCUGUGGCUGCCGCUGGGCCUGUCCCUGUAUGUGCAUGGGCAGCUCAACCAAUCACGUGGUGGCAUUUGACGGGCUGACCCUGAAGCUGGACGGGUUCUGCUCGUACAGCCUUCUGCGAGCAGAGGGGGCCGGAGGGGUGGAGGUGAUUCUCCACAACGGGCCCUGCCAGGCCUCCCCGACUCAGAUCUGCAUGAAGGCCAUGGAGGUGAAGGUUGGGGAGGUGUCUGUGGUGCUGAAGGAUGACAUGAGGGUGACCAUCGAUGGGAUCGAGAACCAAGCUCCUUUCAGGACCCAUGGGGUGGAGGUGACCCAGUAUGGGGCGGUGAUGCACCAGCUGAAGGUGGAGGAGCUGGGCUACCUUGUGGCCUUCACCCCUCAGAGCAACGAGUUCACCAUCCAACUGAGCCCUACCAUGGUGAACAACAGAACAACUGGACUCUGCGGUUACUGCGACCAGGACGAGCAGAACGACCUGGCCCUGCCGAGCGGCUCCCUGACCAAGGACAGCGAGGCCUUCAUUCGGGCGUGGUCCCUGCCGGGACCGGACGGUACGGCGUGCCAGCCCAGGAGCUCCGCGGCGUGCGAGCACCCGGUCACGGACCGCUGCCAGAUCCUGCGCUCUCCCGUCUUUGCCCCCUGCCACGCGGCCGUGCCCCCCGAGGCGUUCGUCGCCCUGUGCCAGCAGAACGGCUGCCACAUGGGGGAGAUCUGCGACCUGGUGUCUGCCUACGGCCGCCUCUGCCGCCUGCAGGGGGUCUGCAUCAACUGGAGGAGCGAGGACUUCUGCCCCAUGCCCUGCCCCAGCUCCAUGGUGUUCGAUGGCUGCCGAACAGGCUGUGUGGAGGAAUGCGGCGGCGGCAGCAGUGGCGGCGGCAGAGCCCCCCUCGGUGAUGAUGUCACCCUUGGCGACGGCGCACCCGGUGGCGGCGGUCCGCUCUGCAUGGACACGCCCACAGAGGGCUGCUUCUGCCCCCCCGGGAAGGUGCUGCACGGAGGCGUCUGUGUGAGCCCGGAUGCCUGCUCGCAGUGCCUGGACCAGCACGGCAAGGCCUACCAGUACCUGGAGACAUGGGUCCCUCAGGACAAGCCCUGCCAGAUCUGCAUGUGCCUGGACAAGCAACAUAUCAACUGCAGUGCCAGACCCUGUACCGACAUCAAGGCCCCUGAGUGUGGCCCCUGUGAGGUUCUGAGGGAGAAGAGGGAGUCCCAGUGCUGCCCCGAGUACGAGUGUGUGUGUGACCUGGUGAACUGUGAUCUCCCCGAAAUCCCUCACUGUGUGGACGGGCUCACGGUCACCCUCAGCAACCCGGGGCAGUGCAAGCCCAUCCACGAGUGCGUCUGUAAGAGGGAGAUGUGUCCCCUGCUGGCUCCGCCCCCCUGCCCCCCGCACCGCCGGCUGGCCGUGAGGAAGACGCAGUGCUGCGGAGUUCAGGAAUGCGUCUGCGACUGCCAGAACUCCACCCGCACCUGCCCACCGGGCUACAUCACCUCCUCCGUCACCAACGACUGCAACUGCACCGAGGUCACAUGCAUCCCUGACAAGGUGUGUGUGGUAUCAGGUGUGGUGUACCAGGUGGGCAGUGAGUGGGAGGAGUCUUGUAAGACGUGCACCUGCACCAGCCAACAGGAUAGGAUCACGGGGCUGCACAUCGUCCAGUGCUUGGACAAGGUCUGCAACGAGAUCUGCCCCACGGGUUCCACUUACUCCCGCCCAAAAGGGGAAUGCUGUGGAAAGUGCCGGAAGUCCAGCUGCGUGGAGCAGUAUGAGGGCGGGCCGCUGGGAGACAUGAGCUCCGGAGGACGCCUGCGGCGGGUGGGAGAGAGGUGGCGUUCCUCCGAGCACAGGUGUAUGAUUAGCGAGUGUGUGCAGGUGAAUGACGAGGUGUUCAUUUCGCACUCCAACGUGUCCUGCAACCAGCUGGAUGCCCCCUCCUGCCCCCUGGGCACUGAACUGCACUGCAGCACCGACGACUGCUGCCCCAACUGCCAGUGUGUGCCUCUGGAGGGCUGUUUGAUGAACCACACAGUCAUCGGGGUAGGGGAGAGGGUGAUGGUGGAUCUCUGCACGAGGUGCCAGUGCUCCAUGGAAUGGGGUGCCGUAAGGAAGUACCGUCUCUCUUGCAGGACUAUAAACUGUGCACCAUGCCCAGAGGGCUACUCCCUGGAGCCCAUCCCUGACGCGUGCUGUGGGCGAUGCAUUGCCACAGCCUGCAGGAUCCAGAGACCGGAUGGCACCCUCGUCAGCCUCCGGGCGAAUCAGACUCACGAGAAUGGCUGUUCCUUCCACCACUGCAGAGUGAACCAGAAGGGAGAGCUGGUCCUGGAAACCCGAAUUACCACCUGCCCACCGUUUAACAGAGCCAGCUGCCUGGGUGCAGGGGGGAAAGUCAGCCAAAUCGGGGACAGCUGCUGCGAGAUGUGCACGGAGCCAGAGUGCAAGAAAACCACAGGAGUCCUGAACUACAUUAAAGUGGAUGACUGUCAGUCAGAGCGUCAGCUGGAGCUGCACUACUGUGAGGGAAAGUGCCGGAGUAAGUCGAUGUUUUCUCUGGAGAGGAACAGGGUGGAGCACCAGUGCGUGUGCUGUGCUGCCACAGCCACCUCCAUCCUGACCGUGCCCUUGCGCUGCACCAACGGCACCCUGGUCCAGCACCAGGUCCUGAGCGUCACUGCCUGCGACUGCCAGUCCCAGCGCUGCGAGGGCGAGUGAUGAGGGAGGAAGAGUGAGUGUGCGUGAGAGAGAGAGAGAGAGAGAGAGGCAAUGGAAGAUGAAUGAAGGAGGAUGGUUCCGAUGAUCUGUGCAAAUAUCCCAUAGCUCCAUUUGACUGAUCUUUUUACACUGUUUUGCUGUACAUUACUUUAUCUUUAUUGUAGCAAAAAAGUAAUCAAAUAAUUUGCUCCAGAGCAUCACAGAAUACUCGAAACAGCUGCAAAUAAUACAUGUAGUUUUGAUUUAAUCUAGAUAAAAACCUACCAUACUACUUCCAUGCUUCUGUCCGUUGUGAUAUUGUUUGUGCAAUACUGUACAUUGGAAGCAGACAAGAUCAAUGUCCUCCUAUGGCUUGUUUUGUAAAUAUUUCAACGGAUAUAUAUAUGUGUGUGUGAAACUGAUCAGUUUCAUUCCAAUAAACCAAGAAUAGUUUUCAAAA